CUUUCUCCCUCUCCUUCCCUUCUCCACAGCAAAGAAACUUUUGCUCGAAUACCCUUUGUUUGCUUUCCCAUUCCAUCUUCUCACAGAAAGAGAGAGAGAGAGCGCAGAGAGAUAGGUAGACAGAGAGGCAAAGCGCUGGGAACGAGCUGAAAGGAAAUAGAGAGAGGUAGAGGGAGAGAGGGCGUAGCUCUGAAUCUGAUUUCUAGGGUUCUUCCGAAUCCCCAAAUUUACCAUUUCCCAAUCCAUUGCUUCGCCGUCACCACCACCUGCUUCGUCUUCGAUUUCGGCCUUGGACAGCUUUAAUGGUGGCGUUGUUGCUGAUUCGCUGCUGCUUGCUUCUUCCCCAAUCCACACUCCCCUUCUAGAUGACUCCACCUCCACCAACCGAAUGGCUCCGUUCCUCCCCUCUCUCCUCCUCUUCGCCCUCCUUGCUGUCGCCGUCGCGGGUUCUUCUGCUUCUCCUUCUUCCGAUUCCGAUGAAUCAGCAGCCUACCUCUCCCUAUUCCACCAAGACUACUCACCGCCUUCCCCUCCACCUCCGCCCCCGCACCCUCCCUCCCUCUCCUGCACCGACGACCUGCAUGGCCUCGGCUCCUUGGACACCACAUGCCAGAUAGUCUCCGAUGUCAACCUCACCGGCGAGGUCUACAUCCAGGGCCGGGGAAAUUUCUACAUCCACCCGGGCGUUGCUUUCAGCUGCCUCACACCUGGGUGCUCACUCACGCUCAACAUCUCCGGCAACCUCACUCUAGCUCCCAAUUCCUCCAUCAUCACCGGCUCCUUCAACCUCUUCGCUUCCAACGCCUCGUUCCUCAACGGCACCUUCGUCAAUACUACUGGAUUCGCUGGGAAUCCGCCCCCGCAGACCAGUGGCACCCCGCAGGGUGUGGAUGGCGCUGGCGGGGGCCAUGGGGGGCGGGGAGCGGCUUGCUUGGUCGACACCACUAAGCUCCCCGAAGAUGUCUGGGGUGGGGAUGCUUACUCUUGGGAGAACUUGCAGGAUCCUGCGAGUUACGGCAGCAAAGGUGGGAGUACCAGUAAUGAGGAGGAUUUUGGUGGGGGUGGUGGUGGAAUCGUGAGGAUGUUCAUUGAUGAAUAUAUAGUGGUCGAUGGGCUUAUUUUGGCUGAUGGAGGCGACGGAGGUUCCAAAGGAGGCGGCGGCUCUGGUGGCAGCAUUUACCUCAAGGCGUAUAAGAUGACAGGAAGUGGCCGGAUAAGUGCUUGUGGGGGCAGCGGUUUUGCUGGUGGUGGUGGAGGGAGAAUUGCUGUGGACAUUUUCAGCAGGCAUGAUGAUCCUCGAAUUUUUGUGCAUGGAGGAAAUAGUCGUGGCUGUCCAGAAAACGCUGGUGCUGCUGGGACGCUAUAUGAUGCUGUUCCAAGGAGCCUUAUAGUUAGUAAUGACAAUCUUUCAACAAAUACCGACACUCUUCUUUUGGAGUUUCCUAAUCAACCCCUUUGGACCAACGUCUAUGUUCGAAAUCGUGCACGCGCUACCGUUCCCUUGCUCUGGAGUCGUGUUCAGGUCCAAGGACAAAUAAGUCUAUUGUCUGGUGGACUUCUGAGCUUUGGGCUAGCUCAUUAUGCUACUUCUGAAUUCGAACUAUUGGCUGAAGAACUAUUGAUGAGUGACUCAGUGAUGAAGGUGAGUGACAAAAUUAUCUCCAACGUUUUUGGUUCAGGGGCUGAUCAGGUGUAUGGGGCUCUACGCAUGACUGUUAAAAUGUUUUUAAUGUGGAAUUCCCAAAUGCUCAUCGAUGGAGGUGAAGAUGCUGCUGUUGCAACUUCUUUGCUUGAAGCCAGUAAUCUAGUUGUUCUUAGGGAGUCAUCGGUUAUACAGUCCAACGCAAAUUUGGGUGUUCAUGGACAAGGUUUGUUGAAUCUAUCUGGACCAGGUGACAGGAUUGAUGCCCAACGUCUUGUCCUAUCACUGUUUUACCGUGUUCAUGUUGGUCCUGGAUCUACUUUGCGUGGUCCUCUGGAAAAUGCAACAAGUGAUGCUAUUACUCCACAACUCCACUGUGAACUUGAAGAUUGCCCUGUUGAACUGGUUCAUCCUCCUGAAGAUUGCAAUGUGAACUCAUCGCUCUCAUUUACUCUCCAGAUCUGCCGAGUUGAGGAUAUUACUCUUGAGGGACUUGUAGAAGGAUCUGUAGUCCAUUUCCAUCGCGCAAGAACUGUAACAGUUCAACCUUCUGGAACAAUUAGUGCGACUGGGACAGGUUGCACGGGUGGUGUCGGAAGAGGUAGUUUCUUGAGCAACGGAGUCGGCAGUGGUGGUGGCCAUGGUGGCAAAGGUGGGCUAGGAUGUUACAACGAUAGUUGCAUUGAUGGUGGCAUUUCGUACGGAGACCAAUACUUGCCUUGCGAACUUGGUAGUGGAAGUGGACAUGGAAACUUAACUGGUACAACAGCAGGGGGUGGAAUUAUAGUGAUGGGUUCUCUGGAGCAUCCAUUGUCAAGUUUGUCUGUUGAAGGAUCAGUAAGAGCUGAUGGAGAAAGUUUUCAGCAAACUGUUCAAAAUGGGAUGCUUGCUUCUAUGAAUGAUAGUGUCGGUGGUCCUGGGGGUGGUUCUGGGGGAACCAUCCUUAUGUUCUUGAGGACGAUAGAACUUGGUGAGGCUGCUUUUCUUUCAAGUUCUGGUGGCUAUGGUAGUCCUCAGGGGGGUGGCGGAGGAGGUGGGGGGAGGAUUCACUUUCAUUGGGCGGACAUUCCAGCUGGCGAUGUUUACCAGCCGAUUGCCAGUGUGAAGGGAAGCAUCUACUCUAGGGCCGGGUUGGGGAAGGACGGAGGUGGUUCUGGCGAAAACGGAACAGUAACUGGAAAAGCCUGCCCGAAAGGACUAUAUGGAGUAUUUUGCAAGGAAUGUCCAGCUGGAACUUACAAGAAUGUUACUGGAUCUGAUCAGACUCUUUGCCGACCCUGCCCAGCUGAUGAGCUUCCUAGUCGUGCUCUAUACAUUUCUGUUAGAGGUGGUAUUGCUGAAACACCGUGUCCCUACAGAUGUAUUUCCGAUAGAUUCCACAUGCCGAACUGUUAUACAGCCCUUGAAGAGUUGAUUUACACAUUUGGUGGACCAUGGUUGUUUGGACUUCUUCUUCUGGGUCUGCUCAUUCUUUUGGCAUUGGUACUAAGUGUCGCCAGGAUGAAAUUUGUGGGUGGUGAUGAACUAUCUGGCCCAGCUCCCACCCAGCACGGUUCUCAGAUUGAUCACUCAUUCCCAUUCUUGGAAUCAUUGAACGAGGUGUUGGAAACAAAUAGAGCUGAGGAGUCCCAGAGCCAUGUGCACAGAAUGUAUUUUCUGGGUUCUAAUUCUUUCAGUGAGCCUUGGCAUCUGCCGCAUUCACCCCCUGAGCAAAUAAAAGAGAUUGUAUAUGAAGGAGCUUUUAAUACAUUUGUUGAUGAGAUUAAUGCUAUCGCUACUUAUCAAUGGUGGGAAGGUGCAAUCCACAGUCUUCUUUCUGUAACGACAUAUCCCUUGGCAUGGUCAUGGCAGCAAUGGCGACGAAGGGUCAAAUUGCAGAGACUACGGGAGUUUGUUCGAUCAGAGUAUGACCAUGCUUGCCUACGUUCUUGCCGCUCUAGGGCUCUCUACGAAGGGAUUAAGGUGGCUGCAACUUCUGAUCUUAUGCUCGCAUAUGUUGACUUCUUCCUUGGUGGAGAUGAGAAGAGAGGUGACCUUCCUCCUAGUCUCUAUCAAAGAUUUCCAAUGACUAUAAUUUUUGGAGGUGAUGGGAGCUAUAUGACUCCCUUCUGUGUUCAAAGUGACAAUAUUCUCACCAGCCUCAUGAGUCAGCUGGUCCCUCCCACUACUUGGUACCGGAUGGUGGCUGGUCUGAAUGCACAACUUCGAUUAGUUCGUCGGGGGCAUCUGAGGUUAACCUUCAAACCAUUGGUCAAAUGGCUUGAAACACAUGCCAAUCCUGCUCUGAAGGUGCAUCAAGUACAAGUCGACAUUGUCAGGUUUCAGGCUACAUCUUGUGGUUAUUGCCAGUACGGACUUUUGGUUUAUGCUUCCGAUGAAGAAAACCAGCAUGCAUCCAGCGAGACUCUGGAAGAUGCUAAGCAAAUCGCACAGCAAUCACGCAUGAAGAAGACAGAUGGAGAAUAUGCACAGACUCUCUUUACCCAACCCAAUAGAAGCAGUGAGAGUAAUGCGAGGCAAAGGAAGAGCCACGGGGGUGUAAUUGACGUUGACAGUUUGAAAACACUUGAAGAGAAGAGAGAUAUAUUUUACCUUCUCUCUUUCAUAGUUUAUAACACCAAACCAAUUGGUCACCAGGAUCUUGUUGGUUUGGUAAUCUCAAUGCUACUUCUAGGAGAUUUUAGCUUAGUGUUGCUGACUUUGCUCCAGUUAUAUUCGAUCUCACUUGGGGAUGUUUUCCUGGUUUUAUUCAUCCUACCUCUGGGUAUCAUUCUUCCAUUUCCUGCUGGGAUUAAUGCUCUAUUCAGUCAUGGACCUAGACGGUCUGCAGGCCUAGCUCGUAUCUAUGCUUUGUGGAACAUUACCUCGUUGAUGAAUGUUGUUGUUGCAUUUGUGUGCGGGUACAUCCACUACAACAGUCAGACAUCAUCAAGCAAGAAGUUCCCGUUCGAGGCAUGGAAUAUCAGCAUGGAUGAGAGCGAAUGGUGGAUAUUCCCCGCAGCGCUGGUUCUGUGUAAAAUGGUGCAGUCCCAGCUCGUGAAUUGGCACGUGGCGAAUCUCGAGAUUCAAGACCGUUCACUGUACAGUAAUGAUUUUGAGCUAUUCUGGCAGUCAUGAUUCCACUCCCGUCGUAAUUUACAGAAUACAUAAAAAAUGCUAAAUAGUUAGAUACCAGGAACAGUGACUCCUUCCCUCUCCCUUUCUUUCUUUGUGUUUUUUACCUCUUUCCUUUUGGGUCUCUACACAGGAUACUAGGAACAGGGAUAGGAAGGAGAAAAGGAAGGGGGAACUAAAAAGGACAAUUGAAAAAAGUCGUAAAAGAUGAGCUAACAGAGAAAUCCUUAAUGUUUAAGUCUCCUUUGUUCACCCCGAUUUUUUGGGGUCGAGCGAAGGAUUCUGGAUUCCGUUUUUCGGUAUAUUUUGUCUGAGAUGUUAAUUCACAGUUGACGGAGCCCGUUUAUUAUUUGGUGGCGGGUGAUUUAUGUAUCGGUUCGGUUGUACAUAUGAUGGGAGUAGCAGUAUUAGUAGUAGUUCAUGACUGUUGUAGUUAGCAAUCAGUGGGAGACUUUUCCAAUGUACUGGUCAGUUGUGACUAUUGUGUCGUAGCAAAUGAUGUAUGAGAGAGCAGGAGUAACAGGUUGAGUGGAAGCCGAAAAUCUGUUUGGUUUUGUGGCCAUUUUGUUUCUGUUUUGAGGAUGAAAGUACUGCUUUUCUGGAUUCUGUGCAACUAAAGAUUGGUAGUUAACAUUCAUAAUGAAUAAAAGUUAGUUCUGCAACA